AUGUGUGAAAUAGUUGUCAACGAUUUGUUUGAUGAGAUUAUCAAUGAAAACAAUAGACUUUGCAAUCAAUUGGUGUUUGCAAUGAAAUGUUUGGAUGUUUUGCAAACAUUUGAGACAUUUAUUAGAAAAGUGAUGACAUUUAAGACAAUUAUCAUUAAUGAACAACAAUUGUCAUCACAAGACAUACAAACAUUGGAUCAAUUGGACAAUCAAUUGACAGAUGUGUUGACACAAUUAAAGAAAAAAUCGGCGCAAAGUAUAAAACCAUAUGAAAAACAACUGAUUACUGGAAAUGUGGAUCAAUUGAGUGGUAAAGAGUUGAUUAAGAAUUCAGGAGUUAAUAUCAAUAAACGAUUAACAGUUAAUCCAAUUCGUGUCAAAACAUUUAAAUUAACGACAAUUGAUAACAAUUGUAGUCAACAAUCACAUGAAAAUGAUAGACAAACACAACAAAUGACUGAUAAUUUACAUGAAAAGCAAUUUCCGUGUUUUGAAAUUAAUUGUGAUUAUAAAAGUUGUGAUAUUUCCGGACUCAUCAGUCAUCUGAAGACAUGUCAUUCGAUUAUUCGUUUUCAGUGCACUCACGAGGAAUGUAAUCAACUGUUUGCUGACCAAUACUUUCUUAACAAACAUUUACAGACAAAACAUAACAUAUUUAUUAAUAAAGUUAACAAACAGUUAGAGAAAAAACUCAAUACAAUGACUGAGAAAAGUCAAGAAAAUCAAAUACAAGUCAAACAAAUACCGAUUGAAUGUACUAAUGAAGGAUUCAAAUGCUGUCGUUGUCCACACAUUAGCAAUACUUUAGAUAAUUUGGUUAAACAUUUGAAGACAAAACACUCAAUCAAUUGUAUUAAAUGUAUGGACAAAGAAUGUAAUCAAUUGAUUGUUUGUUAUCCUAAUGUCCAGAAACAUCUCUGUAAUAAACAUAAGGAUAAUAAAGGAGUCAAUAUAUCUAAAGGAAAGAGAAAACAAUCAAAAAUGACGACAAAAGCUGUCACUGGAGAUGAUGUGCAACAAAACAGAGACGUCGUCGAAGAGUUGCAUAUAAGAGAUGUGGAUCAACCUAUUGAUUGGGAACUACAGACUCUGAGACCACAAUUGAUAAAAACAACAAAAACCUAUAGUAAAGUUGUUAAAACUAUUGUUAAAUUACCAGUGAUGAACAAUGGAUCAGUUGAUAACAAUGUUUUAGCAGACAAUUGUCAUAAUCAGACACCAAAAGUUAAGAAAUAUAACUAUGAAAAUCAGUUUAAAUGUUUUCGUUGUUUUCAUAGUUUCGGUAAUAUUAACAAAUUUAUUAGUCAUCUGAAAACACAACAUUCAAUUAGUCUUAUAAAGUGUACGAAUAAAGACUGUUAUCGUCUAUUAAAUGAUGAAAAUGAACUUCAAAAGCAUUUAUUGACACACAUUGAGACAGUUAUUCAAAAUGAACCACAAAUACCAGUAUCGGUACCAUUAGUUAACAAACAGACUGUCGAUAAUCAGAAAAGAUUUAAAUGUUAUUAUAUAGACUGUGGCCAACAGUUUCUAAGUAAAGUAAGUUUGAGUCAACACCUCUUCAGUAGUCACGUGCGAGAUGAUGAUGAUUGCAAUAAUAUUGCUGUUAAUGUCAACAAUGCUAUCACCAGCGAUGACAUAACACUGCCGACAAAUGAAUUGUCACUAUCGGAUCAGAUUAUGUCCAAAGAUGAAAUAUUAGUCAAUACAGGAGUAAAUUUGUCAGUCAUGGACGAGACUAUGACUAGUAAACCAAAUUCACAACCAGUUUAUAAACCAUACAAAUGUGAUUACGAAGAUUGCAAUUAUUCAGCCGUCUAUAAUGCGUCCGUUGCUAGACAUCGGGAAAUUCAUGAUCGACCACACGGUAAUCCUCGACCAUAUAAAUGUCCGCACGAGUCAUGCGGCAUACGAUUUGUCACCCUUCAGUCAAUGGACCUACACCUGAGACAAAUUCACACCACUAACCGGCCGUUCCGAUGCGGUUAUACUGGUUGUACCUAUAGAGCAGCCGAUAAAUUGGUUUUGAAGCGCCACAUGCGUUACCAUACAAAUCCACCGAAACGGCCGACUACACUAUUGUACUGCAAAUGGCCCGGAUGUAAGUACAAGACAAUACAUGCGGCCUCAUUGACUACACAUCGGUUGGUUCACAGUACUGAACGCAAUUGGCCGUGCAGUUGGCCCGGUUGUGACUAUCGGGCCAAACGUAAAAGUGAUUUGGAAAGUCAUACGACAACGCAUACCAUUAUCGAUAAUAACGUUGUGUGCGAUUGGCCUGAAUGUGGCAAACAGUUCCGGACUAUAAAUGCUAUGCGCGUCCAUCAGAUCAUACAUAAGGGACAACUAAUAUCGUGUGAAUGGGAGGGCUGUCGGUAUAAAAGUAUACGUAAAGAUAAAAUCAAACGACACAUGAAUACUGUGCACUUGAAAUUGAAACGAAAAUCGUAA